AUGGUUAAAAGAUAUAAUGGCCAGCUAACUGCUGGCGAUAAACGGAGGCGACGAAGUAAGUUUGUUCUAUGGAAAAGAGAUGUGGCCAAUGGAAUUCGAAGAUCUAAUCAUUAUGUUGUGCCCAGUCCUCAAAAUUCACAUGCGGUAUUGGAUAAAAACCAGCAUAGCAUUUCUUACACUUUAUCUCGAACUGAGGCAGUUAUAGUUGAGUAUGUGAAUGAUGAAACAACUGAUAUGUUUCAGGUCGGAAGAUCUUCGGAUUCCCCWAUAGAUUUUGUUGUGAUGGAUACUAACACUGAAAAGAAUGCAGCAGCAAUAAAUAAUUUAUCUAUUGUUGAUAAUAAAAAAACAGCUGCAGCAAGUACAAUUUCAAGGUUUGCUUGCCGCAUUAUUUGCGAUAGAGAAAAUACCAAUAUAGCUCGUUUAUAUGCAGCAGGAUUUGAUUCUUCUARAAACAUAUUUUUAGGGGAAAAAGCAACUAAAUGGAAAGAUGGUGAAGAAAUUGAUGCACUUACUACAAAUGGAGUAUUGGUUAUGCAUCCGAGUGGAAAGUUCUACAAGGGAAAUACAGAACCAGGAAUUUGGCUUGAAGUUUCUGUUUGUGGCAAGCUAUUUUCUCUACGUGGGUCUAGAUCAGCUCAACUUAAAGGUGAUAUGGUAGAUGACUCUGACAAUAUCCUUACUGAUGGGACUUUAAUUGAUUUAUGUGGUGCAACCUUGCUUUGGAGGUCAGCGGAGGGUCUCAGCUUAUCUCCUGUAAUAUUUUGGGCAAAUGUAGGAAUACCUUAUGGAACCAAUGGGUUUGAAGCAUUUUGUCCUUUUUGUGCUAAACUACUUGAAGGCUAUCCAGGAUAUGUUAAAUUAAUUUUUAACUAAAACCAAGUUUAAGUAAAUUGUUUUAAACUUAAUUUUAAAAAUGAAUAGAUUUCUUUGUAUAGUUUAUAUUUAUUUUCCCUUGUCCUUAUAAAGGUAGUGUGAUAAUAUUAGCUUUUUUUUUUUGUCAAUUUGUGAGUUUUACUUUUUUCAUUGUUUUUAUUACAAUUUUGUAUUUGUAUUAUUUAAACUGCAUAACUAGGUUAUGCCAUUUUAUAGGCUUAAAACAAAUUGUAUUCAACUAUUUUUUGCCUUUUGCUUUUAGUUAAUUAUGUUUUUUAAUUUUUUAUAUUGUUUGGUCACUUCUGCAUAGCAUCAGUAAUCUCUAAUCAAUAUAAUAUUGUUGUGUCUAUUUAUGAGGCAGUUUAAAAAGUGACAAUCUAAAAAAAAACUGUUUAAAAAAAUCUCAGUAUUAGUUUUAAAAUAUUAUUAUUGAUAUCUUUUCCAAUGUUUACAAUUUUUGAAGAUCUUAUUAGCAAUAGUUAAAUUUAAGUACUAAGUAUUUUAUUAGGGUUGCUAUGAGUAAAAGUUAAAUUCCUUCUACUCUGUCAUUCACAUUUAUUAUAACUGAGUCACGAGCACUUAAACUUCUUUUUAAUGAUGUUUUUUAAUUAGUCUAGUAAAAUAAGAAUGCAAAAUAAUCAUCGUGAAUUUAUAAAUUUAAAUAAUAAUAGAAUUAGCUCUAUUAUGUUAAGUGGGGUAUUUAAAGAAAAAAAAUACUUUCAAAUAUYUAAAAUAGAAUUCCUUGAUUUUUAUAUUUCUAUUAAGAAAUAUAGAAUUUUUUUGUUUAGAUUCUGAGUGAAUUUAAUAAUGUUUUGCUUUUAAAAUGAUGUAUGUUAUUUCUCUAACAUCAARAUCUAAUAAAUAGCAACCCUAGUAUCUAUAUUUAAAUGUUUACUUUUAAAUUU